AUGAUUUUCUAUUUUAACAUUAAAAUAAUUAAGCAAAUGCAUUUUGUUCAUUUAUUAUUACAAUACAACUUACAACAUUACAAUGUUUAUAUAUUUAUAAUUUUUUGCAAAAAAAUAAAUGAAAAAAAAGUUCACUAUAAAACUCUGAUAAUACUAUUAUUUUUUUCUUAUUUUCAGUAUGAAUCAUUAGAUUUAUAUUUUUCGGAAUAUAGAAAUAUUAUGGAUAAAUAUAAAGAAGAAAAUGAUAAAAAAUUUUGGGAAAAUGAUUGUGAGAAAAUUAGUGAAAGCAUUGUAAAAAACUUUAAAACUGAUGUUAAGAACAAUAUAUGCCCAAGGAUAAUGUCAUAUUUAUAUAGCAUAUAUUCGGACUCUAAUAACCCAUUACAAAAUCUCGGAUGCAAAUACUUGUAUUAUUGGCUAUAUAAGAAUCAUAUAAAAGGUACGAAUGAAAGUAACUCUAUCAAAAUACUUUAUGAAGAAUUGAUAAAGGUAUAUGAUAAUAUUAGUUUUGUUUUUCGCCUGACUGAUGAAUACAAGAAUAAUAUAUUUGAUGAAGAGUUAAAUAUAUUUACAGAUAUAUGCGAUUUGAAUACUAUGAUCAAUGAUAUAUAUAAUUCUACAUUUGAAUCUUGUAAAAAUAAGCAAAAGUGCAAUUGUGCUCAAAAAUGUUAUGAUAAAUAUAUGAGUCUCAAUAUACAAUGUGUAUCAAGAGGUUAUCCCCUUUAUUGUAAAGCAUUAGAAAGUGUUAAAAAACUAUAUAAUAGUAUACCAAAUUUGAUUUAUGACUGUGAUAAUUCUAAUUACAUAAUGUUACCAGCAUCCGAAAUUCAAAAACAAAGACUUAAUUCUUCCAGGACUAAUAUUUCUGGUAAACUUAUAAUUCCAACUAUCUUAAUAUUCCUAAUACCUAUGCUAUUUUUCCUCAUAUAUAAGGUUAAUUUUGAUUUCACACCAUAUGAUUUUUGCAUUCAUCGUGGAAUAAGAAAUAUAAUAUAUAAAUUUCGUGGUAUCUAUAAAGAAUGUAAUAUAUUGCAUCUUACUAAAAUAUAUGAGAGUACACUAAGGAAUAGUAGAUAUAAUAUAUUAUAUGAUUCUUUUAUGCAUUAUGAUUAA